CCAGCGCCAAGCCCUCCGAAAGGGCUGUGAACGAUGAAAGAUUCAAGAGAUCAGGGACAGGCUUCAGCGGUGGAAUACGUGCUGCGCUCCAUCAUGACUCGAAAAAGAUAGUUAGCGUCCACAAGACCCAAGAAGCAAGCGCUCAGCCAGGUGCAUGCUCCUGCAAAACGUCGCACAAGCUUCGCUUCUUCGCCAAAUUUCCGCCCGCUCAGCUCCACUGAGCUCUGUUUCAGCAGCUCUAUAAAGGAAGAACGCGAUCUGCUAGCCGAUCCAGCAGCAGCAACUACGGCCAAAGGCUUACAAUCAUGGUCUCAACUCUGGCUGAGCUCGAUGUGCUCAGCGACAAGGAGCGUCUCAAGGCCCUGGUCACGUUCUUGAGACAUGAGGCAAAGGAGUCGACGACCUUUGAGGAUCUGCUGAAGAUGGACAUGGCUCCGCGAGACGUCAAAGUAAUCAUUCAAAGCGCAAGGAGGCUCGAUUGGACCACUCAGGGGUUACAGCAUGUUCUUUCAGAUGACUCGCCGAUGCCAGUGAAUAGCGACAUCGAGAAAGGGCUCGUCAUCUCGUUUGGCAAGCUAUGGCGGCACCAUUCGACGUGCUUGCCCUUGAUUGUAUGGCUCGAAGAGGGCGCUGAAAAAGGUGAAGAACCGUCAAAUACAGGUGAACAAGCUGCAAGGGCGCUACGCGACAUUCUCUGGGGCCUGAGUGGCCCUCAGCGAAGACUCCUUGCUACACUCCUUGCCAAACUUCCAGCCUCGUCGGGGGAUCGGAGGACCCAAAUCGUUGAAACGCUCAUCAGCGAUGCGAUGCUCGGACGUGAGCCACCAGUCUCGUUUGCGCUUUACCAGCGCCUCUUGCCUUCUUGCUCGGCAGCCGUUGCGGUCGACUUGUCCACGAAAGCCGGCCCGCUCAGGACACCGCUCAUCAUACCGUCAACAUGGGUCGCACUUGCCCGUCGCCAUCCGGAAAGGCUGGCCGAGUUCGUUGUCAGCUACUAUCGGAAUGGACGACCAAGGCAGAAAGCUCUCAACCACAGCGUACAGCAUCACGUCAUUCCUGCCCUGCUUCGGAUCCAUAAUGUCAAAUCUACCUCGUCGAACUUCACCGUUGGUCAGCAAUUUCUUCUGAACCUCGUCGAUGCGCAAUCCAAAGUACUGUUAACGGACAGGCCGAUUUCAGGUUCUCUUCAAAGCCGCGUAUCUCUCCCUUCUGUUCAGGAUGUUACCAAAAGGCUCGAUGAUCUAAGCAAAGUAGUCGUGUUCGGCAUGGGCAGCACGAGGAGGAGAGGUCGGCCUGGCGAGCGUCCCGAGACGGAGCGGUCUAUGCAAGUCUUCGAUAUCGGCCUGGACCUAUUCGUGCAAAUGCUGAAGAAGACAGAGCAGCAAUCCAGCUCUCACACUCACUUUCAAGGGUGGAACGUCCAUGGCGAUGAAAGGAAGCACAGCGGGAUGCCCAACACCUGCAAAUUGCUCAAGACUAGCAUCCUACGAUGGAGCCAGCUCAGCUCAAAAGGAAAGCAUCUUCAAGCAAGAGACUCACUCAUUGCACUUUCGACUUACAUGGACCCUAUCAUGUGGAGCCUCUCGAAGCGCAGAACAGCAUUGUGCGGUGCAUUGGUAUUGGUGCCCCGGCAAAUGCGGUGGGAUCUUAUCAAGGACCUCAAUGCACCUCACGUUAGCAAAGAGAAGGAACUCAUGAACGUGAACGAUCAAAUCGACCUCAGUUUUCUCGGCGAUGAGGCCGGAAGGAAGCGACCAUUGUCAAUUGACCCACUCUCGAAGCUUGACGUAGCCACUGCGCGAACGCUCCUAGCGCAGACAAAGAGGACUCUCGGGCAGGCGGCUCUGUACACAUGCAUGCAGAUGCGUGGUUGUAACUCAUUGCACCAAUCUGAGCCGUAUGGGCUAGCCUCGACAGAUCUUAGAGCGGGCUACAAUUGCCUCAAUCACAGCAGGGAGUCCACCUUUGGCAAUGGGCUCAUGACCCGGACGCAAUUCGUCAACGACAUUCUCCAAAGGGCUCUCUGUCCGUUUCUGGCCGCCCAUGAGAGCGACGAAGACGCAAAAACAUGGCAGGCCAAUGUCGCAUUCGAAAUGGUCCACUCAGGUCCGGAUGCGCAAUCCUCGGUCAAGGCGCUGGAAAUGUUGGUCAAGGCUUGGUGGAUUCGGCAAAGAGAAGGAAAAGAGGAGGAGAGCCAGGAUGUCCUAGCGUACAUUGAUGAACUCUUCAGGACAAGGUCAAAGUCCGAAGCUGUCCGAGGCCACGUCCGCACGGUCACCCUGCUUUUGGCUCUCACGCUUGGGGACGUCGACAUCUUCGAGAAGGCUUGGACGACUAUGCUGAAUUCGUGCAAGCGUGACCGCGUACCUCGAGUGAUGAAUCUUGUCUGCGCCGACAGCAUUCUGAUGUCCACCGCACUUGUCGAAUCGAUGGCUCUCCUCUUACCACCCGAGUUCAUGCAUCGCUGCCUUUGCUUUUUGCUCGACGACUAUCUCGUUGUGCGGAAGAGAGAGCCCGAUUUCGUCAAGUUCGAAGAAGAAUGGAUCCUAGCAUUUCUACAUCGGAUCUUGCAGAGGAGAGUUCAGUACGUCGUGACACGAAUGAGCGAAGAAGAAGCGAUGGCCAAAGCCGCUGCUUUGCUCGAUCCGAUCAAAGACCUUAUCGUCAACGUGGAGCUCAGGUCACUGACGGCAGGCAAAGGCGUUAACACAGAGUGGACGCAAAGGGACUCUCAAAGCCAAUCAGUCAGCGAGAAGUCGCUUACUAAGGUCUCGUGUCCGAAAUAUAUUGGUAGUUGGCUCGACAGCUUGGUCGCACAUGCAGGACCAACGUCUGUGGAUACUUGGACAUUCCAGCUCAUCUUACUCAACUCCAAAGCUCAGUGGAGCGAUGUGCCCAUGGUGGACUUGGAUCGCUUUGCGCCACGACUAUCCGCGCAGAUUGACCAGCUCAUCCUCCGAGCUUCAGCAAGUUAUCCGAUGCAGGAGAUGCGAGCCGACAUCUUUGCCCUUCGACUACAAUGGUGCCAUGGAGAAGCGCAGCGCGUCGACCUCUUCUCCAGAAUCUGGAAAGACGCUGAGGGUAAUGGUGCAGCCAGGCGCACUAUCGUUGACGAGCUCGUCAAUGGAAAUUUCCUUAGUGGAUCAACAGUAGGGCGGCGAGAUUUGUGGAAAGAUUUUGAAGAGGUCUGGGGUGGACUCUUUGGAAGCGGCUACAUGUCGUUGGCCGAGCUUCUGAGCGAGAAGAGGGUUGAGCCUGGGUCAAUUACCUCGACUAAUCGGGAAUUGGAGGAGACGGAGGAGGAGGCUGUUGGACUGGCAAAGAAGUUAUUCGAGUUGAUGGCCGAUACGAAGGGCUCCCCGGUCGCACUUGGCCGGCAGCAGAUGGAGCUGGCAUGGAACGAAGGCAUGGGCAAUUUAUCAGAGGAGCUUCGGGCCAGGUUGGAGAAGAAGUCCGAAGAAAUGGCAUGCUGGAUCUUGGCGCCAAAGGACACGAGUUCGACAUCUAUCGACAUCAAAGGAAGAGGAGCUCAAAGUUAUACUAGGGGAAAUGGCCGAGGAAGCGGAAGAGGUGGGCCUGGCAGAGGACGAUCAAGAAACUCGAAUCUCGCAGCAAGAAGAAUGCCGUCAGGCCAUGCCAGAGGAGCAGCACUGGAGGGCGACCGGUACAGCUUCACGGAUUUCGAGCUCAGAGCAGACAAAAAUCUACGAAAAGGCGUCCUUCGGCCGGUCGACAUAGAAAUAAUGUUGGAGAUUGUCGAGGGCGCGAUGGAGGACAAAACCUUGCGUGAUGAGGUUCUUCCCUUUGCACAAAAGCUCUUGAGGCUCUUAUCAAGGUCGAAGGAACCAUAUCGAGCGCUCCCAAGGGCGCAAAAGACGAUUGAAGAUCCAGAAAUGUCGGCAUAUCAUCGACACGUACCACUGCGAUCAGAAGUCAUGCGCAUUCUUCCCAAAAACUGGUCAAUUCGCUGGUUUUAUUCGAUCUUGGAGAUAGUGAGCGACAGGGCACAUACACAGAAAUUGCUCGCCAAGGCAGGAAAACAGCCAACGACGCCAUUGGUCAAGAUCACAAGCUUCAAAGCGAUCGUAGAGGCGGUGCAAAGACUUGCAGUCCUUUCGCCAUCGGACAAAGUCCAGCUCUACCUUCGAUGCAUGCACCUCUCAUCCCACGUUGACGUCGUCUCGGGCUGCGUGAAGGCUAUCGCCGGCAUGUUACUUUCGGGACAAGAUUACGAAAGGUGCCAAAGUGUGCUACUGGAUAUAGUUCACCAUCGUGCGAUUCAGUGGACUUCGGCGAGCGACAAAAGCACGUACGCACUAGAACCAUUCAACGCUCAGGACUGCCGAGAAGUUGUCGAAGACAUCCUCAUGACAGGACGAUCAGAUGACCCUAAGAUUAAUCGAUCGUACCUGGAACAGAUUGUCGAUCCGCUCCUGGAGAACAUCUAUCGGCAAAACUUGAAAGCAAACCACGACGCCUUACGGACUCUGGGUGUGGCGCUGGAGGAACUCAACGAGGGCACCAAAAAGAGCCUCGAGGUUAUUUCUAUCCCUCAUCGCCUCUUGCCCAAACUCGAAGGCCAGGAACUCGCAGCUGCCUCCCUGAGCGCAGGACGGGAACUGCACUCCUUGCUCAAGUUGACGGAGCUAAGUCAGUAUUCGCGUCGCUGGGUUCUCAAACACACAGGCUGGCGUAUGCGACGCCUCUUUAGCUUUCGGAGCGAUGAUCACCACCCACCAAAGGAGCAGGACAUUGCGCGCAACAAGAUUCUCCAAUGGAGCAGAGACCGUGGCAGCUUGUCUUCUGCACCUCUACUGGCCGCUCUCGUCGCUGCAAUAGGCUCACUGUCCGCUUCUAUCGACGAGGAAGACUUGUCGGAGGAGGAUGAGGCGGAUAACGGAUGGCAACGAGGGGGACUCGAACCGCUCCUCAAGGUCAUCGAAAGAGUGGGCCAAGGGUACCUGGAUUGCGAAGAUCAAGAGAUGUUUAUCUUGUGGACCGACCAGCUGGUCAAGCUUGCCUCUGCCAGCAUCGGUUGGCCGAUGUACAAGCAGCACCUCGAGCCGAUACUUGAGCGCUUUUUGAAUCGGUGCCAAGCCGAGUCGAUGAAGACAGACGUCCACGCGAGUAUGUGGAACAGCAUCACCCUGAGGCUGCAAUGGCUCAAUUCGGUCGACUGGGCCCAAUUUAAUGAAGGAUCCUCAUUGGGGACGAUACCGAACGCCAUCGUGGCUUGGUUUAAGAAAGCAUACGAAGGUCCCGGUUCGUCGGACUUCAUUCGGACGCAGCAGCUCACGUCCGCGCUUGCGAUCAACCUUGAUCAUACGUUGGCCUCCUUGGUUCCGGGACGCAGGAAACGACACCCUUCAACCGCUUUUCAGGAGCAAGUCCUGGCCCUAGGAGAGGAGCUAAUCACCAAGGCACAACCCACUACCGAGCGAGACCGCAAGGGGCGAGACCUGCGUCACUUGAUUGGCGCGGUUGUCCUGGACUGGUUCUUGCUGUACCAUUUGGCAGAUACCCAGAAUGCGACAAGAAAGAGGUUUAUCCAGUUUUGCAAGGCCCAGUGGACAGACGAGAAAGACGCAGCAUGGUGCUUGCUCUGGAAGAAUGCGUUCAGCAUCGACUCCGACGAUGAAGAAGAAGGAGAUGAAAAGAUCAAGGCAUCGAACCACAUGCACAAGGCUAGACGGUUUGGACCUUAUGGCAGACAGCUAUGAUUACUCUUCUCGCGCAAUCUGUACUGUACAGUACAGUACACUGUAGGAGCACAAUCAUCACAUUGAAAUGCUAACUCGAGGAAGUGAGAAUGUGUG